GUUGACAAUGACAUUUCACACAACAUUUCAAAUGAAAUUUAGCUUGAAUUGGGAAUAAUGUCAUCACACUUAUUACGAUCGGCAGCAAUUAUAUUCCGUUCUUCAAUAACAUUUGGCAACAAAAGAUGUGUGUUGAACAAUCGUCUAAUGAAUUCCAUGCCAAAUUUAAUGGUAAAUCGUUCAGUAUGUACAACAUCAAUGGUUCGAAAGAAAAAAAACGUAAACCCAGAAGAAGAAGUGUUAGUUAAAUCGGCAAAAACCGAAAGAAAUAAAAGGAUAGUAAAGAAAAGACCAAAGUCAACAGUAUGGGGUGUUGUUGAUAUAUAUCGUGGUAUUGAUAUUCAAACCUUAGCUUCUUCAAUGAAUCGAUCUAUCGAAAUAGUCCAACAGGUGCUAACGUAUUUUCCGCAAGUCGUGGAUACUCAACCGAAUGCAAAAAUUGACAGUAUCCCAUUAGCUAAAGAAAUUGCCGCCAAAUGUGGAUAUAGAACUCGAAUUACCGCACCGCCCGACGCCGAAGUGAAAGAAGAAAUUGAUUUGGAUGUAUAUCCAAGACCACCAGCACCGCCGAAAAAUUUAAAACCACGUCCGCCAGUUGUAACAGUUAUGGGUCAUGUAGAUCAUGGUAAAACAACGCUGUUAGAUAAUUUGCGCGGAGCAUCGGUCGUUGAAAGUGAAGCCGGCGGCAUAACACAGCACAUCGGUGCAUUUACAGUGGAUUUGGAGAAUGGUGAAAGUGUGACAUUUUUGGAUACGCCUGGUCAUGCGGCAUUUAGUUCAAUGCGAGCUCGAGGUGCACAUUGUACGGAUAUUAUUGUGUUGGUUGUUGCAGCCGAAGAUGGUGUCAUGCCACAGACGAAAGAGGUUUUAAAUUUGGCCAGAGAAGGAAAUGUUCCAUUGGUAGUUGCAAUCAAUAAAAUUGAUGCACCCGGCGCUAAUAUUGAAGCAGCCAAAAAUGGAUUGCUAAAAGCAGGAGUUAAUCUGGAAGGUUAUGGUGGUGAUGUUCAAUGUGUUUGUAUAUCAGCUCUGCACGGAACCAAUUUAGAUCAUUUAUCCGAUGCAAUAGUUACACAAGCUGCUUUGAUGGAUUUAAAAAGCGAGUACACUGGACUCGUCGAAGGUGUUGUAAUUGAAUCAAAAACUGAUCCGCGAAGAGGGAAACUUUCAACGAUGAUUGUGACACGAGGAACAUUGCGUAAAGGAAGUGUUUUAGUUGCUGGUACAGCCUAUGCCAAAGUACGCGGUUUAUUCGAUCAUAACAUUGAGCCAAUCAAUGAAGUGACACCAGGUGUGCCAGUCGAAAUUACGGGAUGGCGUGAAUUGCCGGCAGCCGGUGAUUUAGUUUUGGAGGUUGAAAAUGAAAAACAUGCAAAUACAGUCAUAAAAUACCGCGAACACAAGGCUCUAAUUCACAAAGCUGAAGAUGAUUUAGACGCAAUUAAUGAAAAACGUGAAGGACAUAAUAAAAUCUAUAAAGAGCGGCGUCAAUUGACCAAAAAGCAAAAAAGUCAAAUUAUAGAAAAAACCUAUGCACCAGAAGAUCCAACUCCCAAACUAAAUAUUAUCAUUAAAGUGGAUGUGCAUGGUUCGUUGGAAGCGAUUCUCGAUGUAUUUAAUACAUACGAUUGUUCGGAAAUGUGUCGAUUGAAUAUUGUACAUCAUGGUGUUGGUACAGUUACCGAUAGUGAUAUUGAAUUGGCGAAAACAUUUGAUGCAGUCAUUUAUGGUUUUUCAAUAAGAAUGCAGCCAUCAAGCGAGGUUGUUAUGCGCGAAUUCAAUAUUAUCUAUCGAUUAUUUGAGGACGUUAUUGCCGAAAUAAACAAUCGCUUACCGGAAAUUGAUGUUGACGAUGUUGUUGGCGAAGCAGAAGUACAACAAAUAUUUAUGAUUAAUGAACGAAAUAAAAAAGUUCCCGUAAUGGGUUGCCGUUGUAUGAAAGGCAAUUUGAAGAAAAAUCUUCAAUAUAAAAUUUUACGAGAUGAUGAAAUAAUCUACGAUGGCAAACUGAGUUCGAUGCGACACAUGAAAAACGAAGUUGAUACAAUUAAAAAAGGCGUCGAUUGUGGACUACAAUUAGCUGACAAAACGGUUGAGGCUGAACCUGGUGAUAAAGUCAUUUGUUACACAAUCAAAAAAGAAAGACAAGAAAUUGAUUGGAAUCCAGGAUUUCAUAAUAAAAACUAAAUCAGUUGUAUUUGUCUAUAGUUUCGUCUGUUAUUUAAUAAAAAAAUAUACUAUGUACAAAA